GUUUUGUUAUAUAUAUCGAGAGGCCUAAGACAACACUUACACGUCUAUCUUUCUUUCCUUUGUAUACCAAAAAAUAUAAAAUAAAAAACACUAUGGCGGAAAACUACGACCGUGCCAGUGAGUUAAAAGCAUUCGACGAGAUGAAGAUUGGCGUGAAAGGACUCGUCGACGCCGGAGUCACAAAAGUCCCGCGCAUUUUCCAUAACCCGCAUGUUAACGUAGCAAACCCUAAGCCUACAUCGACGGUGGUGAUGAUUCCAACAAUCGAUCUAGGUGGCGUGUUCGAAUCCACGGUCGUGCGAGAGAGUGUAGUUGCGAAGGUUAAAGACGCAAUGGAGAAGUUUGGAUUUUUCCAGGCGAUUAACCAUGGGGUUCCACUUGAUGUGAUGGAGAAGAUGAUAAAUGGUAUUCGUCGGUUUCACGACCAAGAUCCAGAAGUGAGGAAAAUGUUCUAUACCCGAGACAAAACCAAAAAGCUUAAAUAUCACUCUAAUGCUGAUCUCUAUGAGUCUCCUGCUGCGAGUUGGAGAGAUACCUUAAGUUGUGUCAUGGCUCCUGAUGUUCCAAAAGCACAGGACUUACCUGAGGUUUGUGGGGAGAUCAUGUUGGAGUACUCAAAGGAAGUGAUGAAGUUAGCGGAGUUAAUGUUUGAAAUUUUAUCAGAAGCUUUAGGGUUGAGUCCUAACCACCUCAAAGAAAUGGAUUGCGCAAAAGGUUUAUGGAUGCUCUGUCAUUGUUUUCCACCCUGUCCUGAGCCAAACCGAACAUUCGGCGGCGCUCAGCACACAGACAGAUCUUUCCUUACUAUUCUUCUUAACGACAACAAUGGAGGACUUCAAGUUCUCUACGAUGGAUACUGGAUCGAUGUUCCUCCUAAUCCCGAAGCACUUAUCUUUAACGUAGGAGAUUUCCUCCAGCUUAUCUCGAAUGACAAGUUUGUAAGCAUGGAGCAUAGAAUUUUGGCAAAUGGAGGUGAAGAGCCGCGCAUUUCGGUCGCUUGUUUCUUUGUGCAUACUUUUACUUCACCAAGUUCGAGAGUAUAUGGACCCAUUAAAGAGCUUCUGUCUGAGCUAAACCCUCCAAAAUACAGAGACACCACCUCGGAAUCCUCCAAUCACUAUGUGGCUAGAAAACCUAAUGGGAAUUCUUCGUUGGACCAUUUAAGGAUCUGAAACUUGAACCUAUAUCUCAGAGGUUUUCUUGAGUUUCCAAUAAAAUUUGGUGCACGCUGUGACGUACCAUGUUCAAGACCUUGAACGUAUCAUUCAAUAAUUCUUCCGUUGUGAGUUUCGGCUGCAUGUUUGACCCAAACCAGAGAGAGUAUGGAUCAAUCAAGGAGAGUGAACCUAAAAAUAAAAAAAAAAUAAAAAAAAAGAGUGUGAACCUUUAAUUAUGUAAAAUCUUAAAUAAACAUCGAGAUUGUAUUUAAGGAUUUUCCAUUUGUUAUAAUCUCAAUUUACCUUUAAUAUGAGGUUUAUAUUCUUUCUUAUAACAUAUCAACAUCAAACAAUAUUAUAGCAAAGAUAAUGUGAUUAUUUAGUUAUUGAAAUUGAAAUUAUCCACACACCAAUUCAUUUUGUUUUGUUAUAUAUAUCGAGAGGCCU